AAGAAAGCACAUCUUCACAUGGCCAGCAGGAGACAGCAUGUGAAAAGGGAGGUGCUACACACUUUCAAACAACCAGAUCUCAUGAGAACGCUAUCAUGGGACAGCACUAGGGUGAUGGUGCUAAACCAUCAGAAACCAUGCACAUGAUCCAGUCUCCUCCCUAGAUGUCCCUCCUCCAACACUUCCUCUCAUUACACUUCUACACGAGAUUUGGGUGGGGACACAGAGACAAACCAUAUUAGAUAUUGUCUGUGCUAUAAUCGCUGGUUCUCUUCAAUGAGGGCACAAACAAGAUUAAUUUUUUCUUCACAAAUUGCUGUGAAUGGUCUGCUGCUGUUGGCUUCAUCUUCAACAUUGUCUCGUCUCUUAAAAUGAGUUAUCCAUUUGUAAACUGCAGAUCUCCUUGGGAUAUUGUCCUCAUAACCUUUACGUGAAGCAUCAGUGAUUUCACCAUUCUUCCACCCAAACCUCACCAUAAAUUCAAUGUGUGUUCUUGUUUCAAUUUUAUCAGAAUUCAUGUUUCUCUGAUAAAAGAGCUCUUUUCUAAAUGUCUUAUCUUUGUUAGUGUCCCUCACUAGAUCCUGUUGAGACAUGUUAUAAAAAGUCAGUUUAUUCUGGUGCAAAAAAAAUUUGAAAUUCACACUUUUUUAUAACAUAUUUUCCUUGAAAAUUUUGAAGAACCCUUAUAUAGAUGAAUGAUAGAUUAUCAAAGUUUUCCUAAAUUUGUCAGGCUUUAUUCUUCACAGUUUUCAAAUGAAAGGGCUUGGAGAAACCAAAGAACUAAAAGGGUUGCAGAUAGAGUCCUGAAGGGAAAGAAAAAUUGAUAUACUCACAUCUUCGACCUGGGCAACAAAAGUUAUGAGUCAAGAUAUUUGGUCACAUAACCGUAAAGAUAAAUUAGGUUUUAUGACAUUUUUGUUUUUUGUUUUGUUUUUGUCAUUUUAAAAUAGGGACGUUUUAACUGAAAUAUCAAUGAACAGUCCCAUUCCCUAUUCUCACCAUUGGUACAGUGGAUCUUGUUUUUCUUAAUGUGGUACAUAUUAAUAAAAUUUAUGAGAUCUAAGGUCUAUUGCAUUUGAAAGAUUAACCAACAUAAACGGUAUACUUUUAUAAAACUCGUUAAAAUGACAAAAACAGUUUCACAUUUUUGAAAAACAAAAUGAUCUAAAAUACUUAAUAUGAACUGGCAUUACCUUGAACACAUUGCAUCAUGAUUACAUGAAAGAGCUGCUGAAACGGUCAUGUGUUUGGAGACUACUACAUCUGUAAGCUUAAUAGUAAACAGUUGUUUGGUUGGUUGGUUGGUUUGCUGCUUAGCAUCAGGACACCCACUCCUUGUGUGGGAAAUGUACAAUUGUGUGAGUCUAUGGGUUGAAACCCAAAAAGCCUGAUGCUUUUUCUCAUUCCUGGCAACCGAGGGAUAUGACCAAAUUGGGUCAAUUGAAUGCCCUUGCCCCUAACUGAACAGAGACUAGUGUUACAAAGAAGGAAUAAGAGAUUGGAAUCAAUGCCAGUGUCUUUCCAUUGCCCCAUUGCGUCAGGGUCCAAGUAUCCAGGAGCUGUGGUCCCUUAACCAGCCUGUACCUUUGGCCAUGGCACCAGCUACCUACUUUCCCUAUGUUCCCAAGUGAUCUGGUAACCAUUCAGGAAAUUAUUUUCCUACUUAAGUAUACAAAAAUCAGUGUCAGCUUUUGCUUGACAGAUUCAAUCAUCCUUCAGAGAUGUAGGAAAACUAUUAGCAGCCAAGGGAUGCUGCCAAGGCCAGUGUCUGGACUCUGCAGUUUUCUAACUUGUGAUAUUGGGUCACCCCACUAAGUUCCAGGAGAGCAGCAACUGCAUCUGGCUUAAUCAUUAUGGGGUGGCCAGCUCCCAACUCCAUGCCCUAGGCAAACAGACAUUCAGUGAGUAUUUAUUUGACUUUGACUUGAUUGAAGAAAAUAGUAACACUUGAACUCUAGGUGUCCUCAGUAUCUAUUACAGAUUUCUUGAUCCUGACUGCUUUAAAAAAAUUUUUUUUUUUUUAAACAAGAAAACUAACGAAUGAUGACCCUAAGCUUUAAAUUCAAGUAAAUAGAGGGCUGGUUUUUUUGUUGUUUGUUUUUUUGUUUGUUUUGUUUUGUUUUGUUGCAUAAGCAGAAAUGAGGAAGUCAAGAGGAAGAGAUUAGAUUUCUGUUGUGAUAAAUCGAAUCUGCUAAAUGCCAGGGCUUUUUAAUUGUCUUAAUCACAAGUUAAACCAGUUGUGUUGCUGCCUAGAUGGCUAUAUAUUUGUUUAAAAGUACAACAGUCCCUCCUACUGGACUUUGAUCCUGCAAAAACAACUGUUAUCUAACUCACCCUCAGUCUGUCACUGGAACACCUGCAUGAAGAAUGUUCUUUCAUUUUUUAAAAAAGAUUUUGCAUAUAUGAUUUAUGUCAGCUUUCAAAAUGAUUAGAAAACUUUUUAUUGUUCUACUUUUGCUGCUUGUGACUAUAGAAGAAGCAAGGAUGUCAUCUCUCAGUUUUCUGAAUAUAGAGAAGACGGAAAUACUAUUUUUCACAAAGACUGAAGAAACCAUCAUUGUAAGUUCAAGAUACGAAGAUAAACAGCCUAAUUCCAGCCACCUCUUUGUGAAAAUAGAAGAUCCUAAAAUACUACAAAUGGUGAAUGUGACCAAGAAGAUCUCAUCAGAUGCUACAGACUUUACCAUAAAUCUGGUGACAGAUGAAGAAGGAGAAACAAAUGUGACUAUUCAACUCUGGGAUUCUGAAGGUAGGCAAGAAAGACUCAUUGAAGAAAUCAAGAAUGUGAAAGUCAAAGUGCUCAAACAAAAGGACAGUCUUCUCCAGGCAUCAAUGCCUAUUGAUAGAAAUAUCCUAAUGCUUAUAUUACCACUAAUACUAUUGAAUAAGUGUGCAUUUGGUUGCAAGAUUGAAUUACAGGUGUUUCAAACAGUAUGGAAGAGACCUUUGCCAGUAAUUCUUGGGGCAGUUACACAGUUUUUUCUGAUGCCAUUUUGUGGAUUUCUUUUGUCUCAGAUUGUGGCAUUGCGUGAGGCGCAAGCUUUUGGAGUUGUAAUGACCUGCACGUGUCCAGGAGGGGGUGGGGGCUAUCUCUUUGCUCUGCUUCUAGAUGGAGAUUUCACAUUGGCCAUUUUGAUGACUUGCACAUCAACAUUUUUGGCUUUGAUCAUGAUGCCUGUCAAUUCUUAUAUAUACAGUAAGAUAUUAGGGUUGUCAGGUACAUUCCAUAUUCCUGUUUCUAAAAUUGUGUCAACACUCCUUUUCAUACUUGUACCGGUAUCAAUUGGAAUAGUCAUCAAGCGUAGAAUACCUGAAAAAGCAAGCUUCUUAGAGAGAAUAAUUAGACCUCUGAGUUUUAUUUUAAUGUUUGUAGGAAUUUAUUUAACUUUCGCAGUGGGAUUAAUGUUCUUAAAAACAGAUAACCUAGAGGUGAUUCUAUUGGGUCUCUUAGUUCCUGCUUUGGGUUUGCUGUUUGGGUACUCCUUUGCUAAAGUUUGUAUGCUGCCUCUUCCUGUUUGUAAAACUGUUGCUAUCGAAAGUGGGAUGUUAAAUAGUUUCUUAGCCCUUGCCAUUAUUCAGCUGUCUUUUCCACAGUCCAAGGCCAAUUUAGCUUCUGUGGCUCCUUUUACAGUAGCCAUGUGUUCUGGAUGUGAAAUGUUACUGAUCAUUCUAGUUUACAAGGCUAAGAAAAGAUGUAUCUUUUUCUUACAAGAUAAAAGGAAAAGAAAUUCCCUAAUCUAACAAUUAAAGCAUUACUGAAUUCCUACUCUGGGUAGGGCACUGUGGGAGAGUAAAAGAAUAACUACAAUGA